CCGCCUUGUCCCGUUUUGUUUGACUCGGAGCCUUUUUUGGGGGGGGUUGGGGGGGCUGGGAGCAGGGAAGGGGUUAACUGAAGCGAGUUUUCCCUUUCUGCUCAGCACACUCCACCGUGCGCUUGCUGCAUGCCGUGAGGUUGACAACCCCCCCGCUCAUUGUCCUCUGGGACAGGAGGUCCAGGCUCCCCCUUUCGUUCCCUGAAGACGUUUGUUCUUAGGCGCCAGGGAUAUGGGGUGCAAACGGCUAAUGCAGAACCUGCAUUUUUUUUUUCUCAGAUGGGGGGGGGGGUGUAGGCAGCAGUUCAGUGAUAAUAAGAAAUAAGCGACCGCAGGUAGGGGGCGAUUGCUAAGCAGGAAGCUGACAGGGAUGCUCUGAGAGGCGCGUUGGAAGUUAGAGCGCUGUGCAGGAGGAGCAGCCGUCCCCGAAAGGUGGCAUUUAACCAGAAAUCUUAAGUGACAGAAAGAGCAGUGGGGAGAGGGUUUCACGAAAUGAACUCUAACUAGAAAGUAGGUUGAUCAGUUGAAAUUUACAGGAAUUAACAGCCGCUUGCAGGAAUAGUGGUUUUGAAAUAAGACUUUAUUAAUACUGUCAUGCUGACACGUGCUGGAGUGUUGACUCUUGCGGAAGACCUGGGUUCGAUUUCCGGGUCUGUCUACUUUAAGUGCAGUGGGGGAGACCAUUGGAGCAUUUUUAACCCAGGAUAUUACAUGACUUGACAGAUGCCUUAAAAAUAGUAGUUGCUUUGUGGAUGAUAAGUUACAGACAGUGGGAAUUGGCCACUGAUUUAGACCUUACAUCCUCUAAGAUCACCUCAUCUUAGACUUAGUAGCCAAGUUUCUUGUUUUCUUUGGAAUGAUGGAUGCAUAGAUUUGGGAGUGUUGGUCCUGAAUUUAAAGGGAACAUUGUUUUUGCGGUUGCAUUAAGAGGCACUACUCCUGAUAAAAAAUGGAGACCCAGCCCCGCCUCCCACAGUGAAAGCCUGCCAGAUGUGACCUGCCUUCUACAUUUGGCACUCACCGAUGAUAGUGAAUUGCUUAUGUCUGCAGAGAUCACCUCAGACCAUUACCUUGGUUUCUUUAGAGCUCGACUAAGUUUACCCCUCAAUCCCAAACCUUUUCUCAAUGGACUGACUGGAAAGCCAGUGAUGGUGAAACUCAAGUGGGGGAUGGAGUACAAGGGCUACCUGGUCUCUGUGGACGGCUACAUGAACAUGCAGCUUGCAAAUACAGAAGAAUAUAUAGAUGGUGCAUUGUCUGGACAUCUGGGUGAAGUUCUAAUAAGGUGUAAUAAUGUCCUUUACAUCAGAGGUGUUGAAGAAGAAGAAGAAGAUGGGGAAAUGAGAGAAUAGCAUCUUCGGGUUUUUUUUUAUAUAUAUAUGUGUAUUUCUAUACAAUAAAAAUUUGGGUUUUUUUUCAA